UGCAGUUUCCACCACAAUUUUUUUCCUUUGACGGUUUACAUGUAUAUUGGCUAUAAAAAAGGCAUUUCUUUGUUUUAAAAAAGAUCUCCGUAACUAGUUAUCUUGUUAUAAUGAUAAUGACAUGUGAUCUAAAUAAUAAUAAAUUGUACAGCCGUGAUGAAUCAAAUUUAUUGUAACAGGAGGCUUGUGGGGGGGGCGAGACCAUAAUUUAUGGACGAACCAAUCAGAUAUAAGAUAACAGGUUCUGGAUUUUAGUUCGAAAUUCAUCCACUCAUUUGGCUAAAUACUAUUUCGGCAGUAUGGAUGAUGUUAUUUCGUGCUGAAAACCCUAAAUCUAAUUCCUAACCCUAACCAUCAACUGUAAAUCAUAAUUCUAAUUCCUUACACUUUUAUAACCCACAUUUAGUCCUAGUCAAUAGGUUGACAUUUUCAGGGUCAUUUCGUCGUCACCUCAAGGUCCUCCAUAAAUGUUAAUUCAUUCGAUUUACCCUUAUUUAUACUCCAAUCCUAAUUCAUAAUCACUAAUUUUUAUUCUCAUCCAUUUUGGAGUUUUCUUAAAUAAAAAUGUGUUAUAGUAUCAAGUGGGAUUUGAAGAAUGUUAUUUUUCACAUUUUAUUUCCAUAUUUUCAAUACACUCAUCAUUAACUGUAGCAUAUUUAAGCGAUGGAAUAGUAGUUAAAGAGCUCUAUCUUGGCUCUCAAGUUAUACUCCACUCGUGUUUAAAUAUCUCGGUAGCAUCACCGCAUCUCACGUAUAAGGUGUAAUCAAACGUCGAGUACACGAGUUUAAAUCCAAUAUCAUACUUUACGUAUGAACAAAUAUAUAAACAUUUCUUUCGUUGAUUUCCAUCUGAUUCUAUUUUAGAUAUCGAUUUGCAAAAUUUUAAGGUUUCAAAGCUCUUUUAUCCGAUUCAAUAAUUCAACUGAAUUUUCAAAAUCAGUAAUCAGAUGUCGAAAAUCUCAAAUGAAUUCUGAAUCAUUUCAGGAGUGUCGUAAACAAGCCAUUGAAAAACUUCACAAAUGGUUAAUUCAUAGUCAGCUUCCAUUGAAAUUUGCUGCAGCAGAUACAAAAGAUCCAAGUUGCAAUUACGAUUAUACUAGUUAUGAUCCGUCCACUUGGCUACCUUUGGUUCAUUACAAACAAACAACAUAUUCACAACUUGAUGAAAUGGCUAUUAACGCCUGUAAAGCACAAAAACAAUGGAUUGAUUUACCAUUACUAGAACGUGCCAAAAUUCUUAGAAAAGUUGGUGAUCUUGUUCGUGCUGAAACAAAUUGGCUUGCUGAAUUAGAGACACUAGAUACUGGAAAGCCACUGUGGGAAGCUCGUGCAGACAUUGAGGCCUGUGCAGAUUCAUUUGAGCUGUUCGCUGGUUUUAUCCCAAGUUUUGUUGGAACUCAUUCUCCUGUCCCACCAAAUCCUGGCAGUUUUUAUUAUACUAGAAGAGAACCAUUUGGACUUUGUGCCGGUAUUGGAGCUUGGAAUUUUCCUUUUCAAAUGGCUGUAUGGAAAUCCGUUCCUGCGUUGGCCGCUGGAAAUUCCUUUAUAUUUAAACCAUCUCCUUUAACUCCAUUGACAGCUAUUCGUUUACACGAAUUGUAUAAACUUGCUGGAUGUCCUGAAAAUCUUUACCAGGUUGUUCUAGGAGGUGCUGAAAUUGGUCAAGCAUUAGUAAAUCAUGCUUUAGUUAGAAAAGUAUCAUUUACAGGAAGUGUUGCAGGAGGUCGAUCUGUGCUUCAAUGCGCUGCUGAACGGAUUGUACCAAGUACACUUGAACUAGGCGGAAAAUCCCCAUUGAUUAUUAUGUCAGAUGCUAAUUUAGAUGAAGCUGUUAAAGGCACUUUGAUGGCUAAUUUUUAUACUCAAGGACAAGUAUGUUCUAAUGCUGCUCGUGUAUUUGUUCAUAGAUCUAUUGUGGCAUCAUUCACUCAAAAACUUAUUGAAUCAGUUAAGCAAAUUUUAGUCGGUGAUCCUUUCAAUCCAAAAGUCUCCAUGGGUGCUUUAAUUUCUCCUGAACAUCGGCAAAAGGUACAUAAUUAUAUAAAAUCAGCCAUUUCUGAAGGAGCCACUUUAUUGUAUGGUGGUGAAAAGCUAAAAUUUAAAGUCAGUAAUUUAAAUAGUGAUAAUUUUAUUACUCCAUGUAUCUUGACUAAUUGUCAUGAUAACAUGAAAGUUGUGAAAGAAGAAAUAUUUGGUCCAGUUAUUACUUUAUUAGAGUUUGAUACAGAAGAAGAAGUUGUCCGACGUUCAAAUGAUAGUGAAUUCGGUCUUGCUGGAGGAGUGUUUACACAAAAUUUAGCGACUGCCCAUCGUAUAGCCUCACAACUACAAUGUGGUUCUAUAUACAUUAACAGUUACAAUGUUUACCCACCUGGUAUUCCAUUUGGAGGUUAUAAACUAUCUGGGUUCGGUCGAGAAAAUUCAGUUGACACUUUAAUGGCUUACAGUCAGUUGAAGUCAAUUUACGUAGAAGGUGGAUCACUUCCCUAUCCGUUCCCUGAAUGAUUCUAAUCAAUGAUUGUUUAGUGAUUGGUUCAAUCAUUAAAGUUGAUUUUAAUAACUAAUCAAUGAUAAAACCUAAAUCCCCUUGAUUUCAAUGAUAAAUAAUAGAUCUCUCUGAUUUAACUAACAUUCCAUAUUUUGUUUAAUCAUAAGUUCAAAAUAAAUUCUUAAUUAUUUCG